CUUUGUGCGGGCUCGGGACCCCCGGCAGGACCCCCCCCCAGCACCGGGACCCCUCCCCGGGAACCCCCCCCGGUUCUGCCCCGCUCCUACCGGGGGAGGGACCCUCGGGUCCGCCCCGCAUCCUCCUCCCCCCGCCCCAUUCCCACGCCCCCUCCCCAAAUCCCCGCGCUCGGCUCGGGGGCAGUUUGGUGAGGGGGGGGGCACCGGGGCUGAGCCCCCUCCCCGUGCGGGACCCCCGGGGGGCUCGGGGGGCUGCGGGCGAUGCCGGCGGUGAUGGAGAAGCCCUCGGGGAUCCUGUCCCGCAGCCGCGCCAAGGCGGGCGGGGGCGCACCGGGACCCCCCCACUCCGAGGACGAGGCCAGCGAGGACGAGCACGGCCACGACAGCAUGAUCCGCGUGGGCGCCGAUUACCAGGCGGUGAUUCCCGACUGCAAACCAGAGAGCCCCGCUCGCUACAGCAACAAGGAGCUCAAGGGGAUGCUGGUGUGGGCCCCCAACCACUGCGUGUCCGACGCCAAACGUGAGACCCCCGACCCACCCUGGGGUACCCCUGCGCUGGGCAUGCUGCUGUGGCACAAACACGACGUGGAGAAGUCCCUGGCUGACCUGGCCAACUUCACCCCGUUCCCGGACGAGUGGACGGUGGAGGACAAGGUGCUGUUCGAGCAGGCCUUCAGCUGCCAUGGCAAGAGCUUCGCCCGCAUCCAGCAGAUGCUCCCCGACAAGCUGAUCCCCAGCCUGGUCAAGUAUUAUUACUCCUGGAAGAAGACGCGGUCCCGCACCAGCGUCAUGGACCGGCAGGCGCGGCGGCUGCUGGGGCGGCGCGACCGCGACGACAGCAAUGACGACACCGACGAGCACCGACCGAGCCCCGAGGGGGACCUGGAGCCUGCGGACCCCAAAAAAGAGCCGUGCCUGGCCAAGGCGGGCCCGCGCAAGGAGCCGCAGUACCGGCACCACCCCCCGGCGCGGCAGCGGCGCCGCCCCCCCCGCGGGAUGCGCCUGAGCCGCGAGGACGUGGCCGAGGUGACGGCGAACCCCGACCUGGGCGCGCGGGCCCUGCGCCAGCUCGACUGCCAGCUGGUGGCGCUCAAACGGCAGGUUCAGCGCAUCAAGCAGAUCAACAGCGGCCUCAGGCAGGCGCUGGACGGGGGCCUGGAGGGGCUGCGGCCGCCUGAGGGUCACAGCAAAUUCAGCUCGCGCUGGACCACGGACGAGCAGCUGCUGGUGGUGCAGGGUGCAGAUCACCGGCGUUUCCCGCCCGGCCCCGCCCCCGCCGCCCUCCUCGGCCCCUCCCCCGGGCGCGGCCCCGCCCCCCUCGCGUCCGCCGGCCCCGCCUCCUCUGCUGCGCCCGGCCCCGCCCCCGGCCCCGCCCCCCGCGCUCCCGCGGCCACCGCCCCCCCUCCAGCCCGGCCGGGCCCCGCCCCCGCUGCUCCGCCCUGGCCACGCCCCCGCCGCCAGGCCCCGCCCCCCGGCUGCUGGCCACGCCCCGCCCCGCUGAGCGCCCCCUGCUGGGCCAGAGGGACCGGGGGUUGGGGGGGGUCCCGGGGGGGUUCUGGGGGGUCCCAGUUUGCAAUAAAGGUAUUUUAG